AUGAGAAAUUGCCCCAGAAUUAAUGAAAUUGAUGGCAAGUUUUUGGAGGCUCCUUUUGAAGCUGAGGAAAUACUAGAAAGCAUCAAAGCAUGUGCAGGAGAUAAAGCCCCUGGACCAGAUGGCUAUACAAUGGCUUUCUUCAGUCAGUGUUGGGACAUAAUCAGACAUGAGUUGGUAGCAGCUGUCCAGAAUUUCCAUGCUAGAGAAUGUUUUGAGAAGAGCUUUAAUGCCACUUUUGUUGCACUUAUUCCAAAAAAGGUGGGGGAAAUUGAAUUGAAUGACUUCAGACCCAUCAGUCUGGUGGGGGGAGUGUACAAGAUCAUCUCAAAACUAUUGGCAGAAAGAUUGAAAAAGGUAAUUCACAGAAUUGUCGACAUACAACAGAUGGCCUUUAUUAAGGGAAGGCAGAUUUUGGAUGCAAUGGUGAUAGCAAAUGAACUGGUGGAUUCAAGAGUGAAGAGCAAACAACCAGGCAUAAUAUGUAAGUUGGACAUUCAGAAAGCAUAUGAUCAUGUGAAUUGGAAUUAUCUAGUGAACAUGUUACAGAAGAUGGGUUUUGGAUCUAAAUGGAUCAGGUGGAUCAAAUAUUGUAUAGGUACAGUCAAAUUUUCAAUUCUGAUCAAUAGAAGCCCCACUGGUUUUUUCUCUUCUCAGAGAGGGUUGAGGCAGGGAGAUCCGCUUUCACCUUUCUUGUUCAUUCUAGCAAUGGAGGGGAUGCGUAGCCUGAUUAACACAACAAAAGCCAAAGACUGGAUCAGAGAGUUCCAAGUGCAAAACAGGGCAACACCAGCUGGUGUAAUCGACAGAAUAAAGGUACUCAGAAGAACUUUCUUUUGGCAAGGAAAUGAAGAUAAAAUGAAGUAUCAUCUUGUCAAAUAUGAAGAAAUGAACAUAAGCAAGAAGAUAGGGGGUGUGAGCAUCAGAAACAUGAAGUUUCAGAACCAAAGCCUUAUGAUGAAGUGGUUAUGGAAGUUUGCAUCUGCUGUGAAUUCAUUAUGGAAGGAAGUGAUUGCUGCAAAAUAUGGAAUGAGCGAUAAGUGGAUGACAACAAAGAAAUGUGGCGUUCUGGAUGGACAAAUAGUGUGGUCAGGUCCCAUUAAGCCAAAGGGGUGGAAUUUACACUUCAGGAGGAAUUUAAAUGAUUGGGAGAUGUGCAGAAUAACUGAGUUUUUGGUUACCUUAGCACAAUUUAGUAACCUGUCUAAGGAAGAGGACUCACUGGUGUGGAAUGUGGGGAACAAAGGGUGUUUCACAGUAAAUUCAGCAUAUGAAGAUCUUAACGCAGUUGGCUUUGAGGAAGUAGAAUGGCCUUGGAAGAUGAUAUGGAAAACCAAGAUACCCUAUAAAGUAAAUUGUUUUACUUGGCUGUUAGCUAAGGAGACAGUUUUGACACAUGAGAACCUGAGCAAAAGAGGUGUUCACCUGUGUUCCAGGAAGAAAGGAGGAGAGAUGGAAGAUGGUCCCAUCAUGUAUAUGGUGGACAGUAUGGCUAGAGAGGAACCAGAGAUGUCAUGA